AUGAACGCCGCCGCACAGCUGCUCAAGCGAGCGGGCAACGAGGCCCUCUCGGUCAACCCUACCGUCGCUGACAUCGACAUCACCACCCACGGCUCCGACUGGCUCUGGGCUGUCUUUGCGGUCAUGGCUUUGACCGGCCUUGGCUCCAUGGCCUGGUCCAUGAAGAUCUCGCGCGGUGAGCGUGCCUUCCACUACCUCUCGGCUGCCAUCCUGGCUACCGCCUCGGUCGCCUACUUCUCCAUGGCUUCCGACCUGGGUGCUACCCCAGUCCGCGUCGAGUUCACCAACUACGGCCCUAACCAGGUCAAUGGCAUGCGCCCCACCCGAUCCAUCUGGUACGCUCGCUACAUUGACUGGACCAUCACCACCCCUCUCCUCCUCCUCGAGAUCCUCCUCGUUUCCGGUCUUCCCCUCUCGACUAUCUUCAUCACCAUCUUCUUCGACUUGGUAAUGAUCAUCACCGGUCUCGUUGGCGCCCUGGUGGAGUCCACCUACAAGUGGGGUUACUACACCAUGGGCUGCGUUGCCAUGUUCUACGUCUUCUGGGUCAUUUACGGACCCGGUCUCAAGUCGGCCGCCCACCUCGGCGAUGACUUCAAGAAGUCGUACCUGCACUCGGCGAUGCUGCUCACCCUUCUCUGGACCCUGUACCCCAUUGCCUGGGGUCUGGCUGAUGGAAGCAACACGAUCUCGCCCACCGGUGAGAUGGUUUUCUAUGGUGUGCUCGACCUGCUCGCCAAGCCCGUGUUUGCGCUCUUCCACCUAUGGUCGCUCCGACGAUGCAACUACUCCUCGCUCCACCUCAAGAGCGGCAAGUUCUCUGACUACGAGGACCUCUCGGCCAACCACUUCCGCACCAUGGAGAACGGCAAGGCUGCUGAGGCUGGCAUCGGCGCCACUGGUGCCCACACCGCCACCACCACCGGUGCUACCACUACCGGAUCCAACACCACGGGCGCCAACGUCCUCCACCCUGCUCCCCCUACCACCAUGCAGCAGCACGAUUACACUCAGUAA